GGGAUCGAGCCCUGGGAUCUGCAUUCGCUACUGCGAACUGGUGAAUACCGUUUCAAAUGGCCCGCAUUGUUUGCUGGAUAGAAGAAGAGCACCGUGCCGUCUGGCCAGACGAUGACAGCGCUGCGCCUGGGGUGAACAUAGAAGUCCUGGCUAUGGCAUUUAUGGGUAGGCGACUGCAAUUCCAGCCUGCUCCGCAAAACCACGAGCCAGGCACGGAUCCAAAUAUUCGGGCAUUUAUCUUAUAUCGUCCAGGUCACUUCAGUGCUCUCACCUUUGCAGAUAGUUCAUGGACCCUAUGGGACAAUGGCGGUAGGGUGCACACAGUGGGAAAUAUUAACUGUUUCUAUCAACAAAAUGCUGGAGGGUCACUCAGUCUGGCUCAGGAACAGUAUGUCGAUGAGCAUUUGCAAGCACUGCACCCCCCGGAGAACAAUCCUGCUGAUUCUACCACAAACAGUGAAAGGACCUCUCCACAGGAGGAUGGCUGUGCCCUCCCGUUGUGUCGUCGCACAGGUCAACCAUUGCUUGGAGCAUCUGUUGGGUUAUUUGUUGUCCUCGUACUUCUUGCUGGAUAUGCCUUCUUGGUUCUCUGCUCACCUGUGCGGGUGGUCUAUUCACCGAGAGUACUGCCUGUAUUUGUUUACAAUGCUGCUGCCGACAAAGUGGUGGAUGUGAGUGGGUCAUUUUUGAUACUAUGUCUUGUAGCACUUGCUGUAACUGUAUGGGGAUUGGUUGCGACAGUGAAGAACGACACUCCAUUCCUGGGUGUGGCAGUUUCAACAAUCACCCUGGUGCUUACGUUUGCAUUUUUUGUCUCCAGACCUGGGAUAACCCGUAAGAUCCGGAAUCGUCAGGGGUCAUCGUUACGCAAUCGAGUGGCUGUUGACAUGCCAACUCCUCUAUUUAAGAUGAACGAGACGGGCAGGCACUCAAGGGUUAGAGGGGCGUAGCCAAGAACCGAUAUGCAGGAGAGUGCCGAAGUCCAGAAGCGGGAAACAUCGGAACUAACAAAAGAGACAUGAAAUU